AUGGGGAUGUUGAUGUCCAUGAUGAUGGCAAGCUUGACUCUCUUCUCUCUGCAGGGUAUGAUCUAUGUGGGCUCCUCAGAGGGGGUGGUGAGGGUUCCAACAGCAAACUGCUCCUUCUACUGGACCUGUCCUCAGUGUGUCCUGGCCCGGGACCCCUUCUGUGGCUGGGACCCGGCCAGCAGGGCCUGUGUGGGGGCCUCCAACAGCCAGGCCAGUCUAGGCCAGGAUGUAGACAGAGGGAAUGUUGAAGAGGCGUGCAACAGUGUUUCAUUCUCACACAGAGCCCGGUUCAGUCCAAACAAACUGCCUGCAGGUGAGUCACUUGUUUCAGUCUAUGGCAG